AUGGACAGCCGGGUACUCGAGCAUCCUCACGCCCAGUUCGGAGGCUCCUUGGGCGGGCUGGUGGGCUUCCCGUACCCGCUCGGCCCCCACCAUCACCACCACCACCACCACCAGCACGUCUACGAGCUCCCCGGCGGACACCAGCUGCAGUCCGCGUCCGUCCCCUUCUCGAUAGACGGAUUACUUAACGGGUCUUGCUCCGCCUCGGUGGUCAGCUCCAAUCCGCUCCUCUCGUCCGACAGCCCGCAGUUCAAACUCUCAGAUUCCGGAGACCCGGAUAAGGAUAGUCCUGGUUGUAAGCGAAGACGCACCAGGACAAAUUUCACCGGGUGGCAGCUGGAGGAGCUGGAGAAGGCGUUCAACGAGAGUCACUAUCCGGAUGUGUUCAUGCGAGAGGCGCUCGCCCUCAGGCUUGACCUCGUGGAGUCCAGAGUUCAGGUUUGGUUCCAAAACAGACGAGCUAAAUGGAGGAAAAAGGAGAACACAAAGAAAGGGCCAGGACGACCUGCUCACAACUCCCACCCGACGACGUGCAGCGGGGAGCCCAUGGACCCCGAGGAGAUCGCCCGGAGGGAGCACGAGAGGGCCGAGAAGAAGAAACGCAAACAGGAGAGGAAGCUGCUGAAGUCACAGAACAAACUUCUGACAGGUGACAGCUUCCACACGCCUGGAGGUUCGGAGAGUGACAGCGGCGUCUCCCAGUUCACCGACAGCGAGCAGCAGCCUUCAAACGUCAACGGGACUAUUCAUAUCGAACUGCCAGCAACAAAUAGAAGUACAGGAGGACACCAAACUGAAUCCAGCUGUGACCAAACACGACACGAAUUCAGCCAACUACAAAACCAAAGAACCCCAGGAGAACCUGAGCAGGUUUCUCCAGGCAGCACACACAGCUCCAGUCCUGGGGAGCAGAGAUCCUCCACUCUGCAGAAACGCAACCCUUUCAGUGUGGAGAGUCUCCUGUCUGACGCCACGCCGAGACGGAAAUCCCAACUGGACUACCCCUCACUGCCCAGCCAGAGGACACUGGUGGGCAAAGGUCAUUUCUUGUUGUACCCCAUUACCCAUCAGCCUUUGGGCUUUCUUGUGCCCCAAACCGCCCUGAAGGCCACACCAUGUCAGGACAACAUCAACAGGCUCGGCCUGGGACAAAGGUGUGUGCCGAGCGAAGGGAGUCCUGCUCCCUCUGACCUCUCCAGCUUCACCGGUGUCACUAAGCCUAUAAACUCAGAUCACACGGAGCAUAAUACCCAGCAUCAACACAAUCACAUUAGCAAUAGAGUGGAUGGAACAGACACAGAGGAUGAUGGAAGAUGCCCAGUUUCUCCCCGACAGAACAGCGUGGCUCAGGCAGCUCUGGCAAGGCUGAGCGGCUCACAGUCCACCGACUGCAGCGACGACAGGAGUUUGAAAGUUCAAGCGACUGAGGCAGCGAACGAUGUCUGCCAAGCCGCCGAGCUCAGCGCUACAGAGAAGGGUGCAAAAGAGGAGCGAGCGUCUCCAGACCUCUCCGAGUGUCUCAAGGCAAACACAGACUGUCAAGAAACACCCGGAACAGAUGGAGAGGAUGUCGAUAUGGACUAACACUUGCAAAGAGCAAACAUAA